AUGGAUGUUGAGGAAUCCUGCAGGUUCAUGACGGAAGAGUUCUGUCGCCUCGAGGAGGGCGUCGAUGAUCGAAGCGAACCUCAGGGGCACACCGGUAAAGGCGCGGACGAAUUGGAAGCUUGUGAACCACUCGACCAGAUAUCUCGUCACGAAUCGACGAUGGAUAAGGACCGCGACGACGGAGACGCGGGCGUUGAAACAAUAAGCAAGGCGGCACAAGUCGCAACAGAAACUGAAAAUGCGCAUUCUUGCUCUGAAGACCCAGAGGCCCAGAGUUGA